AUGCCUGCUGUUCGUAUUGAGGAGAUCAAGAGAUUCAUGGAGGAGAGCCUCGUGGCUGGAGGGGCUCCCAUCUCGGAGGCGAAGGCGCAAACUGAUCUGCUUCUUCACGCUGAUAUUGUGGGACAUUUCAGCCAUGGACUUAAUAGAUUGGAACUAUACAUAAACGAUAUGAAAAUCGGUGGUUGUAAACCGAGCGCUACGCCGGUAAUAUUGAAGGAAUCUGCAGCUACCGCGUGGGUCGACGGUGUGGACGCGCUCGGGGCUACCGUGGGGAAUUUCUGUAUGGACCUCGCUAUCAAGAAAGCAAAGGAAUGCGGCGUCGGUUGGGUCUCUGCGAAACGUUGUAAUCACUUCGGUAUGGCUGGGUACUGGGCGCUUAAAGCCCAACGCGAAGGACUCAUUGGUAUGGCAUAUACUAACUCUGCACCCAUCAUGACACCAACUCGGGCUAAAAAUAGUGCAAAUGGUACCAAUCCCAUUGCUAUGGCAGCUCCAGCGUCAGGUGGAGAUUCCCUAGUUGUGGAUAUGGCGACUACGGCCGCAGCUAUGGGCAAGGUUGAAAUGCAGUUAAGAAAAGGAGAGAAGAUUCCAGAUGGUUGGGCUCUUGGUCCGGAUUCCAAACCAACAACGGACCCUCAAGUGGCGUUCAAUUCUGGUCGUCUGAUGCCUUUAGGUGGUCAAGAGAAAACUAGCGGAUACAAAGGAUAUGCUCUUAGCACAAUGGUUGAAGUAUUUUGCAGUGGACUAUCUGGUUCGAACUCAUCUUAUAAUGUACCGUCAUGGUCCUACACCCAAGUAGAGCCCCCCAAUCUUGGCCAGUGCUUUGUGGUUGUGGAUCCUGAACGAUUCGCGCCUGGCUUCGAAACGAGGAUAAAGGACUGCCUCGAACAUUAUAGAAAUUUGGAUCCUAUUGAUCCCGCACUCCCUGUGCUCGCUCCAGGAGAUAAAGAAAAGAAGAACGAAAAAUUAACAAGAGCGAGUGGCACGAUAAUAUACCCCCAGGGACAAAUAGAUUCGUAUAACAAAAUGGCGGAAAGAAUUGGCGUCAAGCCUAUCAAAGUUGUAUCUAGCAAUCUGUAAGAUUUUUCAAGAUAAAGGAAAACAAAAGAGCUAUA